AUGAGUUCCAUCAACAAGAUCGCGGCGAACAGCGCAUCGCGCGCAAAGCCUUCUGAGCUUGAGACUCAGAUCGCCACCGCUCUCUACGACCUCGAGACAGGUACCCCGGACCUCAAGGCAGCUCUCCGUCCUCUCCAGAUCGUCUCUGCCAAAGAGGUUGAAGUUGGCCACGGCAAGAAGGCUAUUGUCAUCUUUGUCCCCGUCCCAUCCCUCCUGGGCUUCCACCGCGUGCAGCAACGUCUCACCCGUGAGCUCGAGAAGAAGUUUUCCGAUCGCCACGUCCUGUUCCUCGCCUCGCGCCGCAUCCUCCCCCGCCCCAAGCGCUCCAACCGCUCGCGCACCUCGCAGACACAGAAGCGUCCUCGCUCCCGAACUCUGACCGCCGUUCACGAUGCCAUUCUCACCGACCUCGUGUUCCCUGUUGAAAUCACCGCUAAGCGCGUCCGCACCAAGGAAGAUGGCAGCAAGGUCCUGAAGGUCGUCCUCGACGAGAAGGAGAAGGGAGGCGUUGAUCACAGACUCGACACCUACUCCGAGGUCUACAGAAAAUUGACCGGACGCAGCGUGGGUUUCGAGUUCCCGCAGUCUGGCCCAACUGAGUACUAG